AUGUCCCUGAUCUGCUCCAUCUCCAAUGAUGUGCCAGAGCACCAGUGUGUGUCCUCUGUCUCUAAUCAUGUCUACGAGCUGCGGCUCAUCAAGAAGUACAUUGCAGAGAAUGGUACAGACCCCAUCAACAACCAGCCUCUCUCUGAGGAGCAGCUCAUGGACAUCAAAGUUGCUCACCCAAUCCGGCCCAAGCCUGCCUCAGCCACUAGUAUCAUGACCAUUCUGAAAGCUUUGCAAGAUGAAUGGAAUGCAGUCAUGCUGCACAGCUUCACUCUGCGCCAGCAGCUGCAGACAACCCGCCAAGAGCUGUCUCAUGCCUUGCACCAGCAUGAUGCUGCCUGCCGUGUCAUUGCCCGUCUCACCAAGGAAGUCACUGCUGCCAGAGAAGCUCUGGCUACCCUGAAACCACAAGCUGGUCUCAUUGUGCCUCGGGCUAUGCCAAGGUCCCAGCCAAGUGUUAUGGGUGCAGGCAAGCCAAUGGAUUUGGGUGAGCUGGUGGGAAUGACCCCCAAGAUUAUCCAGAAGCUUCAAGACAAGGCCACUGUGCUAACCAUGGAGAGUAACAAGAGGGGGAAGACUGUGCCUGAGGAGUUGGUGAAGCCAGAAGAGCUCAGCAAAUACUGGCAGGUGGCAUCCCACAUGGACUUGCACAGUGCCAGCAUUCCUGGGAUCCUCACCCUGGACCUCUGUCCCUCCAACACCAACAAGAUCCUCACUGGUGGGGCAGAUAAAAAUGUCGUUGUCUUUGACAAGAGUUCUCAGCAAAUCCUGGACACCCUCAAAGGCCAUACCAAGAAGGUCACCAGUGUGGUGUUUCACUCUUCCCAGGACCUGGUGUUUUCUGCCUCUCCAGAUGCCACUAUCAGGAUUUGGUCGGUCCCAAAUGCCUCUUGUGUACAGGUUGUUUGGGCACAUAAGAGUGCAGUGACUGGCCUCAGCCUCCAUGCCACUGGUGACUAUCUCCUGAGCUCUUCUGAUGACCAGUACUGGGCUUUCUCUGACAUCCAGACAGGGUGUGCGCUCACCAAGGUGAUAGAUGAGACCUCUGGCUGCUCUCUCACUUGUGCACAGUUCCACCCUGACAGACUGAUCUUUGAAACGGUAACCAUGGACUCUCAGAUCAAGAUCUUGGACUUGAAGGAGCGCACCAAUGUGGCCAACUUCCCUGGCCACUCAGGCCCCAUCACUAACAUUACCUUCUCUGAGAAUGGCUACUACCUGGCUACAGCAGCUGACGACUCCUCUGUCAAGCUCUGGGAUCUGUGCAAGCUUAAGACCAAA